AUGGAGUCUGCGCUGAUGCUCUUGACCGGCGUUGUUCUGUGGACGACCAUCGCGGCUGCACCCACGCAGUGUCAUUUCAACUCCCAAGCGCUGUGUGAGUAUGAAGGGAGGCAUUACGCUUUGGGAGACACCUGGAUGGAGCAUGGCUGUCUGCAGUGUACCUGUCUACACCCAGUAGGCGUUGGUUGCUGUGAAACCAUCCACCCUCCGGUCGACUUCCCUCCCUGGUGUGAGGUUCGUGUGGAGUCUCUGACCUGUCAGGUCAGCCUGGUGCAGAGCGCUGAUCCUCGUCUUCCCUGUAUCCCCGGGGGGGGCAACAGUCUGGACCCCAGCCACGGCACCUUCAGCAUGAAACUGGGGGUUUAA